UUAAAUGCCAAGUCUCUCAUUACCAGGCGUGUCUCUCUCUCCUCCUACUCCUCAUGGCUGACUACACGAAGAGAACGCUGAUUGCCGUCAUCGGUGACGAUAACACUGUGACAGGCAUGCUUUUGGCUGGAACUGGCCAGGUGAACGAUAACGGCGACAAGAACUUUUUUGUGGUCGACACCAAAACUACAGAUGCGCAAAUUGAAAGCGUGUUUGAGGAAUUCACAGAGAAGCGGGAUGAUAUUGCAAUUGUGUUAAUAAGCCAGUAUAUUGCCGACCGUAUUCGCGGCCGUGUCGAAGCCUGCACGAAAGCAUUCCCUGCUAUUUUGGAAAUCCCCAGUAAAGAGCAUCCAUACGACCCCGAGAAGGAUACCAUCUUAAAGCGCGUCCGUAAGAUCAUGGGCGAAUAGAAAACUCGCACUGUGGGGAUGAUGCACUAGAGUCGAGUGGAGGAAGAACAGGCAACGCCAAUGCCCCUACUGCUCCUAUUGCUCCUUUUUUGUCAAGACACUCAACACAUACAUACACGCACUACACACUCAAGCCUCAAGACGUGCAAACACACGUGCACUUACAACACACACGAAGCAUGGGCGCGGCAUCGAGCCCGCCAAUAGUCCUCUCUAAUUCUGUUUCGGGUCUUGCUUUUCGUUCUCUUAAUCGUACAUAUAGUGCCGUGCAAUGCAGUACAGUUAUAUCCGCAGCGCUGUUGUGCGCCCUGAUGCAGUUGCAGUCGCAGCAGAUUCGUCAUCGUGUGUGAUCAUUCCAGGGGAUCGGUGUCUUUGAGAGCGAAACUCACAUUGCACCCGCACGAGUCUUUCGCAUUCGGGUUAUCGACCACCUGAAACGAAGAUCCAAUCAGCUCCUGUUUGUACACGAGCGUCGACCCCUGCAGCAAGGGUGCACUGAUCGUGUCUAUGUAAAUACGUGCCUUUCCGCGUUGGAAGGUUCUGUAUAAUGUUAGUGGGGGGAAUCAAUGAGGGGGUGUGAAGAAUGUCGAUCGGUUCGUGCAGAUCAUACAGUAAGAACUUUCAGACUGAUCGACACUCAAGCUGAUCGACUUACAUAUCGUCGUCAUUGCUGCCGCGUAAUUCAACAGAGUACAGGACCUGGUAACCGUGACAGCCACCGCCUUCUACGGUCAACCGUAGACCAACGUUGUCCGUGUUUCUCCGCCGGCAUAUGUUCUCAAGUUGUUUAACAGCAGA